GUUUUGUACUUUACAUGCGAAUACAGAUUUAAUGCAUCUUAGUGUCGCAUGGACUUCGUGCGAAAUGCUAUCCAAUUCAGACAUAAACAGAUAGCUGUUAUUUAGUUAUUUUUUCGUCGUAAGUCAGGAUUUUUCCUUAACCUUGAAUGAGCCUGCGUCUACCUAAGGCUGAGCUUACAUUCCGUUCAAUUUGUGAUACCGAGUCCUAUACUCUACAUAUACUCUAAGUCUCAAUGUGCCUUAAACAAUCUUUGCCUUCAUCGCACACUUCUUAAGCCUUUUGACUAGGUACCUUAAAAAUACCCAGAAGUUAGUUAUUCACUUCUUCAGCUUAGUUAGCAUAUGAUGCCUGCGGUUUGGGCGUUGAAUUUCACAUCGCAUUGAGCUUUUUUGAAGAGAAAUAUUGUACUUGGUGGUUUCUUCGACGCCCUUUCGGUCGUUGUAUCAACGAUAAUAAGGAAUAGAAAUUCCGAAGUUUUGCUGUCGUGAAACACGUCUUCUUAUUGAGCAUCUACUUGAAUAUCCGUCAUGACCGUUAACACAGAAGAAGACGAAACUAAGUCCGAAGGUGGCAAUGAGAACAGUUCGUCGUCGUCAAAGCUGCCUUCGUCCGUUGAGCCGCACGCCAUUGCGUCGUCAGACACCAGAGAGGAUUCACCGAGGAGCCGAAAAUCCCGACAUGAUAACGACAGCCGCAAGAGCUCCACGUCUUCUGGUUCUCAGGACGAACUUUCAAACUCAGUUGUUCCACUUGAGUUCUCGUCGCCUGUCGUCUCAGCUAUAGAUACGCCUGAGAUAGAUACGUUAUCUGCUGCUGGCACAACUGAUACGCCCGUUGAUGCUACAACUCUAACGCAUUCAGUCAAGCCUAACUCUGAUUCAAUUACACAAAAAAUUAGCCCGAAAUGUGAUGUUAGUAAUGAAGCCAGAAUAAUUUCUGAUGCUGUUUUAGCCUCAGAAAAUCCCGUUUCGAACUCUCCUGCCACUCAAGAUGCAGGCGGGAAGUCAGACACCAUAGCAGUUCCCAUCGCGAAUUCAUUGAGUUUGAACAACCAUCCGAAACCCGAAGAUGUGGUCAGGAACCGUAGCUCUAACUCCACGCCGGCCGCUCUGUCGGCAGAGACUGACGGACUGGAAGACACCAUGAAACCCAAGAGGAUUUUCCAGCGUCCUCCUGAAGGGGAGUACGUAACGGCUGGGGAAGAGGAGAUGGACGAGACUCCUGCACCUCCUGACCAAGUACUGCCUCUCGAUGGCGGCUGGGGGUGGAUGGUGGUCCUAGGGUCAUUCAUGAUACACGUCUUUGCGGACGGCUUCACCUACACGCUGGGCAUCUUCUACGUGUACCUGCUGAGCUACUACUCUGCCACCAAGGCCUCCGCCGCAUGGAUCGUCUCCAUACUCGUGGGCGUCACCAUGGGUUCAGGCCCAAUCUCCGGUGCUCUGGUGAACAAGUUCGGAUGCCGCGUCGUGACCAUCAUGGGAGCUGUCCUUGCCAGCAUCAUGCUAUUUGUGUCUAUCUUUGCUACCAACAUCUAUACGCUCUACUUCACCAUCGGCAUCGGUGCGGGUCUUGGCUUCGGUCUCAUCUACCUGCCGGCCAUCGUGUGCGUGACGCAAUACUUCGAGAAGAAAAGAUCCUUCGCCACCGGCAUCGCCGUCUGUGGCUCCGGCCUCGGCACCUUCGUCUUCUCGCCCCUCGUCGAGUACUUGAUCGUGACGUACAACUGGAAGGGUGCAUUGGUCAUCAUCUCGGGGCUAAUGCUGAACUGCAUCGUAUUCGGUGCCUUCUUCCGGCCACUAGAAGACAACUACCCGCGACGCAGACCUGUGCCGGCGCCCAGUGCCCCCGACGCCACCUCGCGCCCCCUCCUGCCCAAGCUGCAGGUAUCGCAGACGCUCGAAGCCCUACCGGAGUCACCAAGUAACGUCAGCUUAGCGCAAAAAAUCUUAGGCUUCCGACGACGAAAUUCGAAGCUUCUUCGUCCCUUCUCCGUACCCAACGACGAGGCCGACAUGAUGCGUAUCAAGUCCCACGGCUGCCUCAACCCUACCAUCCAGUCCCUGAGGCAGUCCGAGGCGCUCAGGAUGACCGUGUCUCAGCCCUUGUUUGCUGAGGUGGAAGCUGGGGACCGCAUCCCAGACCGGAGUGCCGCCAGCAGGCCACUCAGCGCCCAGUCCCACAUCCUCGACAGGAAGGAUAUCUUCUACAGAGGCUCCUUGUAUAACAUUCCCGAGUACAAGCAAGACCCGCAGUGCUACCGCGAGUCUGUGGUGCGACACCACGACGUGGAAUGCGUCGUUCAGAAGCAGCAGCGCAAGGCAUGCGGGUGCGUGCCGUGCUCGGAGGAGGCUUGUUCAGCGCUGUCGGACCUCACGGACCUGGGGCUGCUGGCUGACCCUGUCUUCCUGCUCUUCGCUGCCUCAAACUUCCUCACCUCCAUAGGCUUCUAUGCGCCCUACAUCUUCAUUGUGGAUCGGGCGCUGGAAAUCGGGAUCGUGGCUGAGAAGACAGCGACGCUGCUGGCAGUGGUGGGCAUCUCGAACACCGUCAGCAGGGUCGUGCUGGGCUAUGUUGCAGACAGGCCCUGGGUGAACAGACUCUACGUCUACAACUCCGCCCUCACCAUCUGCGGUCUAGCGACGUGCUUGAGCAUCUGGAUGAACAGCUUCGGGGGGCAGUGCUUCUACGCCGUCAUGUUCGGCGGCACGUCGGGCGCCUACGUCGGCCUCACGUCCGUCGUCCUCGUUGACCUCCUCGGCAUGGAGAAGUUAACGAACGCCUUCGGUCUCGUCCUCAUGUUCCAGGGCAUCGCGGCCGUCGUGGGCCCGCCCAUGUGCGGGUCGCUCUUCGACCUCUCCCAGAACUACAACAACACGUUCCUGCUGGCGGGUGCCAUGAUUGCCGCGUCUGGCGUGAUGCUCUUCUUCACACCGUGCGUACAGCGCUUCAAGCAGCGUCGCCAACGAGCGCCUGCCGACCACGACUGCACCUGCGACCUCCCUGCACAUAGCGUGUAGAGGGCGCUGCUACGGUGUUUAAGGCUCAGCGCUCGGUGCAUGACGGCAUGUUUUCGUUCGCCUCUGUGAGGUGGCAUUGCUGCAAGUUUGAUCCUCCGUCUGGUCGUUCUCUACGCCCUCUGCAUCUGAAGGCCUAGCAACGUGUGGAGUCUUGUGGGAUGAACGGCUGCAAGCUGACGCUGGUAACUUAAUGACUCGUUUGACCGAAGUUAAUUCAGAGUCAAAAAUGCUUUACGAUUUCGGCUUCACACUUAAUAUUAUACUAGUACGAACUGUUCGAGCCCUUUGUAUUGAGGUGUCGAAGAUGGGGUGAGGGAUUUCUAAAUAGAGAAUCACGCUUCAAGCCUAUGAGUACUGGUUCCACGUUCAACCUUGAAUGUGUAUUGAGUCCGUAGUUCGUUAAGUGUCAUUUGUUAAAGUUUAGUCAUACUUCAUAAGUUGAUUUUUAUUGUACAUAGAGCACGUAAACCAAAAGCGGCACUUGCAAACGGUUUAUAGAGCUUAUACGAUGGCUUCAGCAAGUUCUGAGUACGCGAGUGUCCAAGUGUCGUAUAAAUUCGAGUAUUGGCAAUACUAUAUGUACAUGGUAUCAAGUGACGGGCGAAGUACAGCAUGCUAUAACAAAAAGGACAUGUUCGUCGAUGUCAACCAUGAUGUUUUUCAGGCUUGGAAUGGAGAUUUAUGUUCGAAUUUAUCAAGAACUAUGAAAAGCUGUUUGUUUCAGUGAAGUGCGAACCUUAUUGCGCUGUAUUCAGUCACUGAUACCCUGCGCAAUGAACGUUGAACUGCAUUCAAACUGAAAGCAAGCACCGUGCGUACUGCAUGUUUUACGCACGCAUCGUGCGCGCUGGAUGCGCUAAACGUUGCAGACAUAUUACAUAUUAUUUUACCAGCACAAGUUCCUUUAUGGUAUCCAGCAUUUAUUUAAGCUAAAUGCAAUCUAAGUAACGAAUUUAUCCUUGCGAAUAGUAUGAACACAGACGAAACUGAAUGCCUAGUUUGUAUAUGCCAAUAAAUAUUCGGCGACAUAGGUAUAGAGGUGAUCGUCGCGUGCCAAAAACUUGUUUAUAGCAAACGGCGUUAAUAACCUUAUAUUGACUAAAUAAUUACCUACGGAUUCUAUUUGAAUACAACUCUACUGAUUUAAGGACAUGAAAUAUCGUUUUUUACUUGUGCUCAGGGUAGUGGAAAUCAUAAUGAUGAUGUUCAAGAAGGCAUCCAUUAUUUACUCCCGUUUAUAAACUUAAUUCGUA